UUUUGAUUCGUAUUGGGUCUGGAAGUGAGAAAGGAAAAGAGAAAAUAAAAGGGGGAGAAAAAAAAUAAAUAAUAGGAACUGUCAAAAUAACACCCGAUAAUUUAAAGCAGCGGGGGCUACAGCGUGCUAGUGCCUCCUCCUUCUCCUCCAGGAAAGCGGUGAAGGCCAAGGUGCUGGUUUUUUUUUUUUUUUAUUUAUUUUUUUAACCACUUUCCAAAGUUCCUCCUCCCUGCUUCUCUGACAGCACCCCCGGCCCUGAGGAGAAUCGGUGGCGGUGUCUCGGGUGUUGAAGGUGGCCCGGGGAACGGCGGCGGAGACGAAGAUGCUUGGGAGGAGGGAAGAGUGCUGCCGCCACUGAGGCCUAAAACUGCAAAACUGAGCAAUCAGCUCUUGACCAGGCAGAACACGAAUGGCCCAGGGAAGCCAACAGAUUGAUACCCAGGUGUUACAUGACCUGUGCCAGAAGUUUCCUGAGGUACCUGAGGGUGUUGUAUCACAGUGUAUACUGCAGAAUAAUAACAAUUUGGAUGCCUGUUGUGAAUUCCUGUCCCAUGAGAGCACCAAGUAUCUUUAUGGAGAAGGGGAUCUAAACUUCCCUGACGAUUCCAGCCUUUCCGGACUUCGAAAUCACAUGACCCAUCUGAACCUUGGGUUGCAGUCACAGAAUGUGUAUCACCCCUCCGGCUGGGAAGGAGCGAGAAUGAAUGGCAGCAGGACUCUGGCCCACAGCCUCAGUGACGGGCCCCUCCAGGCCGAACAGCCAAACAGCGAAUUUUUUCAGCAAGACCCCCAGUCCGCCCCGGUGCAAGGGGCUUCCAGCUUAAACGUCUUUGGAGUUAUGGACACAACGCGAAAACCACAUCCUCCACAGCACCUUGGACUUUACCAAUUGGGUGGCAAAGGACACUCUGCAGGCUCUCAACAGGCCCCUAGAUUUAACCCUAUCACAGUCACGCUGGCCCCCAAUAUUCAGACUGGCCGAAAAACCCCCACCUCUUUGCACAUACACGGUGGGCCACCGCCGGCUCUAAACAGUCCCCAGGGUAACUCUAUCUAUAUUAGGCCUUUUGUCACUCAAUCUGGUACAACCCGGCAAACUUCUCAGCAGCAGCAAGUGGGAUGGUCACAAUUUGGUCCCAGCUCACAACAGCAGCAGCAGCAGCAGAUCUAUCAGAUAACCCAUCCUUCCCAGUUGCCUGGCCCUUGGACUCUCCCAUCCCAGUACAGCUCUACACAUACCUCAACGCACCAGCCACAGGGCCACCAGACGUCGCACGUCUACAUGCCCAUCAGCUCACCCACUAAUGCUCAAGCGCCUCCUUUCAUCCAGGCUUCUCCUGGCAGCCAGCCGCCUUCAUCUUCCUCUUUCAGCCAGUACAACAUUCAGAACAUCUCCACAGGGCCACGCAAGAACCAAAUUGAAAUCAAACUUGAAUCACCCCAGCGGAGUAACUCCAACACCACCACUGCAGUGCUGCGCCCUGGAAGUGUAGGAUCAGGCUGCGGCGGACCUCGUUCAUCCUCCUCCACUGCUGCGCCUUCCUCCUCUGCUGCCACUUGUUCCACAACACCCUUAUCCAUCAGCAGUCAGUCAUUGAGCCGCAGCCAACCCACGGUUUACAUAGCUGCCAGCCCGCCCACUUCCUCUGCUGCUGCUGCUGAGGAGGCCUCAGUGGCUACCUCCAGCUCCCGCACCCACCCCAAGUUUUACAUUUCAGCCAAUGCAAAUCCCACAGGUGAUGACCCUAGUCUCCGGAACCCGCCCACACUCUACAUCUCUGCCAAUCCACAAAUGCCAGGGACAGCUGCAUGUCGGAACAUGGCAGGGCAAGUGAGCAUGGGCCCUGCCUACAUCCACCACCACCCACCCAAAUCCAGGGCUUCCAUGGGUAGCUGUGGCACCGCAACCUCACCCAGGGUAGUGGUAACUCAGCCCAAUACCAAGUACACUUUUAAAAUCACAGUCUCUCCCAACAAGCCUCCGGCCGUCUCCCCUGGAGUGGUAUCCCCCACCUUCGAAGCCACCAAUAUGCUCAACGUCCCAUCUGAUCACUUUGCUGAACCCGAGGCUCAUCAUCUUUCGGACCCGUUAGUGCAGAGGGAAAGACCCAGCGAGGCCAGAAAACUCAGCAUGGGAGCAGAUGAUGCAGCCUACACGCAAGCUUUAAUGAUACACCAGAAGGCUAGGAUGGAGCGGCUCUGGCAUGAACUUGAGAUGAAGAAGAAAAAGCUGGAAAAACUAAAAGCCGAGGUCAAUGAAAUGGAGACUGACCUUACUCGAAGACGUCUACAAAGAUCCAACUCUGUCUCCCAAAUACCUUCACUUGAGGAAAUGCAACAGUUAAGAUGCAGAAACAGAAAACUUCAGAUAGACAUUGACUGCCUAACCAAAGAAAUUGAUCUCCUUCAAACAAAAGCAGAGCAGAGAUCUCUUGUAAAAACACCAAAGACUGUACCAGACACAGAAGAGGAUGAAGGGGCUCAGUGGAAUUGUACUGCCUGUACUUUCCUGAAUCACCCAGCCCUUAACCGCUGUGAACAGUGCGAGUUUCCUAGGCAUUUCUGAACCAACACUUUUUGUUAAGCAUUUUGUUCUUUUGUAGAACAGAAAACUAGAGGAGCAGGAGGGCUUUUUUUUUUUAUCCUAUUGGUAAUAGUUUACGGACAGGGUUUUCUGGAGUGCUUCAUUAAAGUUCUUGUGGUAAAGCAGAUGUGGCCACUGAAGGCUUGCCUGAUUUAGUGUUUACAGGUUGUGCUUACAGCCCUUAGAGCUGAUAAUACCACAACUUUGGGUCGAUAGCAGUUGGGGGAACUUGUUCAAAACUGGCAAAUCGCCUGGCUUUAUAUUUAAAUUAAAAAAGGGAAAAGAAAAUUGAAAACACUUUAACAAGCUGCCUCUACCGUAUGCAGUAUUACCAGUGCCUCCUGUUGCUGUGAAAGCAUGGAGCUGAAAGCGAUUUUGCCCUUUUUUCCUGUAAUUCUGGGGACAAAGCCUUAAACCCAUCCUAGUGGGGGAAAAACUCCACUGUAACACUACAAUUGAAGGGACAAACCAUAAAGGAAUUACUACAGUCUAGUUGGUCACUUUCAUUUUAAGAAUGGGAAGAGUUUCUGAUAUCACUGGUACCUUUACCUGCCUUGUAUCCCCUUCCCUGAUUGCCUCUACAAUCUCCACAGUCAAAUCUAAAACACACAUUGAAAAGAAACUGCAUGCUUUGUCUGUACAGUACACAGUGGGGGGAAAAAAUACCCCAAAAUACUUUUUUACUGUGCAUAGUUUUAGAGCCUGCUUUGUUACUUUUUUCUUCACGCUAUGAGUUUCUUGUAUUUCCUGUAUGUAUAGUGUAACAGACUUAAUAACUAACUCUUUUUUUUCAUUUAAGCACAAUGUCCCUUUUAAGCUUUUAUUUGAUAUUUGGGAGAAGUGAAGCCUUAUAUAUAUAAAAAAAAAAAAAAGAGCAAUAUGAAACUGCACAAUUUUUGCUUUCUCUGCUCAGUCUGUUCAUUGCGCCUAUAAAUGCGGACGUUCUACGUAAGAUCUGCAGAUGCAGCUAAGAAACAGUGCCGAGAUAAAGUUCAGAGGGUUAACCAUGAGUUUUGAAAUUUAAAAAAAAAAAAAUAAAAAAAAAAAAAAAAAACUCAAACUGAACUUCACAGCGGGUGACAAACAAAUAGGGGAUGUAACUCUCAUGCCACUGCUGAGGAUUAUUUCUGUCUGGUUCCGUUAUGUGGAACCAAAAUUUAAGUGGCAAAAACGUUUAACAAAAUAGUGGUAGUGCGACAUGUUUUGAAUUGGCAAACUUUUAAGAAUUUUUAAAAAAUUUUUUAUAUAUAUAUAUAUAUAUAUAUAUAUAUAUAUAUAUAUAUACAUACACACAGUAAGUGGAAAUAGAUCAGUAACAGGUGGAGUUGUUGACAUGUCUUCUCAUUUGUAAAGUCUAAAAAUUUGUGUGUUUUCAGCAUGAUUUGAGAAUUACAAAAAAUAUAUGCAAUAAAUUGUUAAUACAAGACUAUAUAUAAAUAGUUUGUGAUGAGUACUUUUUGUGAAUCUUUGGGGUUAUAUGUUAACUAGAUGUUUUGAUGGUGAACGCACACAUACCGUUUGUUACAGACUUUCAGUUUACUUUCGUACAAUGUUCUAUGAGAAGAUUUAAAUGCAAUUCAUUCUUCAAAUUAUGAAAAGGAUAAUUGAAAGUUAAUUGUGAAAUUUAAGUAAAUGUGUUUUUUUCAUAAAUCAGAUAGGGCAUUUUAUGCAAAAAUACCAUAUUUGAAUUUAGCUUU